AUGACUCGGUACGGGGGCCUGGGCCGGACGCGCCCCAAAAAGCUCACCUCUAAGGCAUCCAUCCCCAUCGUCCGCGAGCACGAGAUCGAUGCCCUAGACGAUGAGAUCCAGUCCGCACUCCAGCAGAUCGAGACCGGCGUCGAAAAGGCUGAGGAGUCGGAAUUUCACUUGCAGGCCGCGAUCAAUGCCGCCGCUCAGGGUAAAGAUAACGAUGCGCAUAUCCCGACCCGCGAAGUCAUCACCAGUGACAUCCAGUAUGCCAAAUUAUACCCGCCUCUCUUCUCGCAGCCAGCGACGUACAUCCGCUUCUCCUCUACGGUGGAGGACUGCUGCGGAUGUCCGUAUAACAUGAAUGAGGAGGACGAUGCAUGGCUGAAGAAUUUCAACUCGAAACGCGACGCUUCCAGUCAGUGCUCUGAGGAUGAUUUCGAGGCUACCAUGAACUUCUUCGAGGAGACUGCACGGGCGAAGCAACCAUUCGCAGCUGUUGAUAGCCCGCCAGUACUCUCCUUUGCCGACAUGGCAGAGGCAAUGGAUGCCGCCGUAGAAGACAAUGUAAAGCGCUUUGCCAAGGAUGUCUAUGAGCACUGGAAGGCGCGUCGGUUGGCCACGGAAAACAACUCGCUGGAGCCAGCGUUGAAGUUCGAAACCGGCCAAGAUACGGAUGAUAGUGAUCCCUUCGUCUGUUUCCGCCGCCGUGAAGUGCGCCAAAUCCGCAAAACUCGUGGCCGCGAUGCGCAGAGUGCGGAGAAGCUUCGUCGGCUUCGUAAAGAGUUGGAAGAUGCUCGGCAGUUGGUUGCGCUGGUGCGCCAACGCGAGGUUGCUCGCAAGGAGAUGCUCGCUAUGGAGCGCACGCUCUUCGUGCAGCGCAAUGAGGUCAAGGAGAUGAAGCGUAAGCUCAACAUCAAGGACGAUGAUGAGGACCUCAUUCACCAGAAGCCCAAGAAGAAGCAGAUCGAGAUGCCUCCUCGCCAACCGAAUGCGCCUCAGCUCCGCAUGCCUCUCAAGCCUGGUCUGCAAGGCGCAGAGGACUUGCAAAUGCUGGAGGACCUUCAGUCAGAGAAGGAAAACGAGAUUCUGCGCGAUAUCAGGGCAAACAUUGCCAAGCAUAUCAAGUGGAACGAAGGUUAUGUGGAUCAUACCCGAGCACCACUUUCCCCAUCCCCCGAACGGACAUUCGACGCUGCGACAUUUCGUCCUGCAUUCACGGCACAAUUGCCCACCCCGCCAUCAUCGGAGUCUUCGGGCGAUAUGAUGGACACCUCAUUAGACGUGACCAGCCCGCAUUUCUCCAAAGAUAAGCUCACCUCGCGAGCCAUGGAGCUGCACGAGGAGCCACACCGUAUGCCAUCCUUCAGACGACGAGUAGGGCGAGGUGGUCGCCUGCUGAUUGACCGUCGAAACGUCGUGUCGCGUUGUAAAGUCGAUCUGGAUUCGUUCAAGGCCGAUCGGUUCAAGUAUGAUCAGGAGGACUCCGACGAGGAGCCCAUCUAUGAUACAGAUGCACACAGCAUCCAGAUCAUGCAGCACCGCGCCAUCACCAUGGCGAAGGCGCGCGAACAAGCCGCAGUGGCUGCCCAAGCACAUGCGCAGGCGCAAGCGCAAGCAGCCCAGCAACGACGUUUGCAGGCAGACCAAGCUGGGAGCUCCCAGGGUGCGAAUCCUGCCCCCAACGUCGUGACCGCGUCGUCCGAGGCGUGA